AUGGAAGGAGAAUCCUUUGGUUUGAUCGUUGGGAUCUCACUUGGUUUGGUGAUCGGUGUGCUGUUAGCUAUGGCAGCAUUCUUAUGCUUUAGGUACCAUAGACAGAAACCUCAGAUUCUCAACAGUGUUUCAAGCAGAAGUGCUACGCUUCCCAUCAGAGAGAAUGGACCUGAUGCUUGCAACAUCAUGUCGGAUUCGACUCUUGGUCCAGACUCACCUAUGAAAUCAUCAAGCAACGGGAGGUCUGUUUGGCUUGCUGGGUUUAGCAAGAGGAGCAAUGUGAUCUCUGCUUCUGGCAUUUUGGAAUAUUCUUACAGGGAUUUGCAGAAAGCAACAUGCAAUUUCACGAAUUUGAUAGGCCAAGGAGCAUUUGGACCUGUCUACAAAGCUCAAAUGUCCACCGGUGAGACUGUUGCUGUCAAAGUUCUUGCCACUGAUUCUAAACAGGGCCAAAAAGAGUUCCACACAGAGGUUAUGUUAUUGGGGAGGUUACAUCACCGUAACCUAGUGAACUUGGUCGGCUAUUGCGCAGAGAAAGGACAACACAUGCUUAUAUAUGUCUACAUGAGUAAGGGAAGCUUAGCUUCUCACUUGUACAGUAAGCAACAACUUUAUUCAUCAUAA